AGCCUUGAUGGUUUCUCGUGUCCUUUCCGCCUCGCUCGGGCGCGCUCUUCGCGGUGCGGCGCGUCGUCCAGCACCCAUACGGUCGUUGGCGACAGCUGUCUCAUCACAGAGCCCGUUCACUGAGGUCACCACCCUUUCUAAUGGUCUCACCGUCGCCACGGAAUCGCAUCCUCAUGCACAGACAGCGACCGUUGGUGUGUGGAUAGACGCUGGCUCACGCGCCGAGACCGACGCUACGAACGGGACUGCUCACUUCCUCGAGCACAUGGCUUUCAAGGGCACCAACCGUCGCACCCAACACGCCCUCGAGCUUGAAGUCGAGAACAUCGGUGCCCACCUGAACGCCUACACCUCUCGCGAGCAGACCGUCUACUAUGCGAAGAGCUUCCGCAAGGACGUUCCCCAGGCCGUCGAUAUCAUUUCAGACAUUCUUCAGAACUCCAAGCUGGAGAGCAGUGCGGUCGAGCGGGAGCGGGAUGUCAUCAUCCGAGAGCAGCAGGAAGUUGACAAGCAACACGAGGAAGUCGUCUUCGAUCACUUGCACUCGGUCGCUUUCCAAGGUCAAGCCCUAGGUCGCACUAUUCUUGGCCCGAAAAAGAACAUCCUGUCCAUUCAGCGGGAUGACCUUGCGUCUUAUAUCAAGACGAAUUACACUGCUGACCGGAUGGUUCUUGUUGGAGCUGGCGGUGUCGACCACGCCGAGCUUGUCAAGGCUGCGGAGAAAUCUUUCUCAACGCUCCCCGUGUCGCCAAAUCCUAUCCCGCUCGGCCGGUUAGCGCACCCGAGGACCAACUUCGUCGGUUCUGAAGUCCGUGUUCGUGACGAUGAUAUCCCGACGGCGCACAUUGCCAUCGCGGUCGAAGGUGUCGGCUGGUCAUCGCCUGACUAUUACCCUAUGCUCGUGAUGCAGUCCAUCUUUGGUAACUGGGACCGCGCUCUCGGUUCCGCGUCGCUGCUUUCUUCGCGCCUUUCGAGCAUCAUCUCCCAGAACAACCUCGCAAACAGCUUCAUGUCCUUCUCGACAUCGUAUUCCGACACUGGCCUUUGGGGCAUCUACCUUGUAUCGGAGAACUUGAUGAACCUCGACGACCUCAUGCACUUCACAUUGAGGGAGUGGACGCGGAUGAGCAUUGGUCCAACUUCUGCGGAGGUUGAGCGGGCAAAGAGCCAGUUGAAGGCCGGCUUGCUCCUUAGCCUUGACGGGACGACCGCGAUUGCGGAGGACAUCGGGAGGCAGAUUGUGACGAGCGGGCGGAGGAUGACGCCGAAGCAGAUCGAGAGCGCCGUGGAUGCGGUGACUGUCGAUGAGAUCAAGCGCGUCGCCCAGAAGUACAUCUGGGACAAGGAUUUCUCCAUGGCUGCGCUCGGCUCCAUCGAGGGUCUUCUCGACUACAACCGUAUCCGCUCGGACAUGUCUUCCUUGAUCUACUAAGGCAUCAAUCAUCUGGUCGUGCGAGUAGUGGUCCGGUCACUGCACGCAUGCGCUUCCUUCGUAGAAGUAGAUGCAUGGGCGCCGACAUUUACAUCUCCGCGCCUUUUGUUAAUCGUGUAGAUACCGGAAUCCAAAAUCACCUUGUUAAUUCCCCUUA